GCUAUUUGUUUAUGUCAACAAAAAAAAAAACUCCUUCAAACAAACAUGUGAACAUCACGGCGUUUGCCGGUUUUUUUCAGAGAUAAACUAUGAUAAACCGCAUCUAACUUAAAUCUACAGUCGUGAAUUAUGAUUAUCGCUAUUCAGACGCUCAUAUUCUUUCGCGAGUCAUUACUGGCCGUGCUAGAUGGGUUGUUCCGGCCGUACUACAAACGGUUUUUGACAUUUAGUCGGCAGAGCGUAAGUGAUGAUGAAGAGUCAGAAGACCAGGUUUUCUCGGAGUUUGACGAUGAGAAAGGUGUCGUUUUUUAUCCACCGAUGUAUGCGCAGCGGUAUGCCGCUGUCACCGAUUGUCUGAUGGAUGAAAGAUGGUGCGGGCAGUUGGAAAAGGUUGUAGAUCUGGGUUACCAUGAUGUGAGUUUUAUUAAGUAUCUGAAAGAGAUUCCUGGAGUCAAAAGAAUACUUGGUGUUGAUCUGGAGAGUAUACCGUUACGGUGUUCAUCAGAUUUGGUUAUCGAAUAUACACCAAAGAGAGAAAAUCCAUUGCAGGUUACAUUAUUCCAAGGCAAUGCAGCCGAUCCAGACUAUAGGCUUAUUGGCUCCGAUGCAGUAGUUGCUAUAGAGAUGAUUGAACAUAUGCUACCCCACGACCUGGAUAGACUGAUACACACAGUCUUUGGGUUUGUUAAGCCAUGGGUCGCUGUGUUCACAACACCCAAUGGGGAUUUCAACCCUCUGUUCAAAGCUCUAGAAGCAAACGGUUUGAGGAGGCUGGACCAUUUUUUUGAAUGGUCAAGAGAGCAGUUCCAUGAUUGGUGCAGUAAUAUAGUGUUAAGGUACCCUCAGUAUACAGUGGUGUGUAAGGGAGUAGGCCCAGGACCUCCGGGCACCAUACAUUAUGGAUGCUGCAGCCAACUUGCCCUCUUUAUAUCUAAAGACUACAAUAAACAGCAAGAUCUGGAUUUGAACAGUUUAGCACUGGUUGCAAACACCAAAGAUAAUAAUGACCUGACUGACUUGAUUGGAAGUAUAGAGUCUGGUUCUGAUGAUACUGAACGUCACAUGUUAUGUCUGCCCUCUAACAACAUGGAUUCCUACCUUGACCUCUUAUCUCAGUCAGUUUCCACUCUCAUGGCAACAGCAUUGACUAUAGUCAAGCCACUGGAGUACACAGACCAAACCUCCCAGUGUAACAUUGAUGAUGAAAUAGGGAAAAAUUUCCUUAUGUUUGAAGACGAGUCGAGCCUUUGCGUUAUGAUUCCGAGGAAGAAGAUAGUCAAUAGAGUUUAUGAUAUAGAGGAUGUAGCUAACAGAUUAAAUUGCUCAACACUUCAAGUGAAGAGGUUCUCAAAAACCACGCAGAAUUUGAUGGCCAAAAACAAGAUAGACUCCCUCGUGCACACCAGAGAGGUGGUGGAUGAGAUCCGGCACUUGACCAAGAUGCUCAACUUUAGGGAGGCCACAAGUGACCGCGGUGACGGAAUGUGGUGUAACAUCAACUGGGGUGACAACGCUCCUUACUGGAACCAGUACUACAAACUCGUUAGGGAAUACAGCUAUCCAUUUGAGACCAAAUCUGAAGAGGGCCGCAUUAUAGAUCUGAUCUCGGAAGAAAUAAACCGAUUGAUAGAUUCGCAAUACGACGAUGAUUUUACAGUGGAUAUGCAUAAAAUGGAAAUACCACUGCAGUAUUUAAUGAAGGUGGUCGAGCAUAUCACGACUGACGUCGAAAGGGUUCAAGAUAUAUUGGAAUGGAACGGGUAUGAGAUUGUGAACGGUGUGGUUAUCUACAGCCGACUUGUUGUCGAGGAAAAUGCUUCUACUACAACUAAGGAUGAGUGCUGGCAGGACGACUCGCUUUCUGAUGACUUUGAAUCUUCAGAAGUUCGUACCACUACUCCUUCAGAUGGAAGUACUAUUGCUCCGGAAUUUACUGGGCGUUGCCUCCAACGCGCUCUCGACCGUAAAGUGCGCAAGCUGCGGUCUAUGCUGACGGCAGACGAGGACAUCGCAUCAGAGCUGGACAGGGUCGUGUGUCGCCUCAUGAAGUUGGCCCUCAGAACCAGUAGGACACGCAAAAACCCGCCACCCACCAAGUGGAUGCAGUGCAAACUCUUCGACCUACUCUCCCUCACAGAAAAAGCCAUAGACAGGAGAAGGAAGCGCUUCAUAGAGAACUUUCCUCUAAAUGCGCUUGAAUAUGAUGAUAAAGCGGGCGAAACAAUGACUGUAACUAAAUUGAAAAAUGAUGAUUUAUCCGUGAAUAUGCUAGUUGACAAAUAUCAAAAUUUAGUGCAAUCAUAUGAAAGUAAAGAAAAUCAGAAAGUGAGAAAUCUAUCUAAUUUCGGUGGAUUUGAUUUUGACGAAGACUUGAGUGAUAGCAGUAACGAGUUUACGAAAGAAUUUAAAUGUGUCGACGUUAUCGGACCUUCCAAUUCGGCUGUGUUCAUUGAACCUGUACCUAAAGUAACUUAUGAACGUGACUAUUACCCUAAAGGGAUAGAGGAAUCCAAAUUACAAAGAAUACAGGCGUGGGUCGACGACGACAUAGAAGUGGUACCAUAUCCCAACCACGACGUAAGGUUGAUAAGUUCCGGCGAUACGGACCAGAGUGCCACUAAUAUGACACGGCACAAAUUUAAGAAAAUGUCGAGAAAGCGUAAACUAACGUUAAUUUCAUUCCCCGAUAAACAAGAUUCGAAGAUACGAAAAAAAACUCUACAACAAAAAUCGUCUCCCGAAAACAACACAAACAUUCAAGAGAACAAUAAAACAAGUAAAAGCAAAUUGAAAAAAGCUGCAUCCAAGAAAUCAAGUUAUUGUCUUUUGGUCAAAGCGAACUUAUACAAAACUACAUCGAAUAGUUUUGGUAAAUUGAGGAGUAAGAAAGUGAAGGAGUGCGUCUGUCCAAGUACAGUUAAUCCUAUUCCAGCUGCUUUCAAAGAUCUCUGUCAUCCAGAUUUGAAUGCAGAAAAAAAACUUAAAGAAAAUAUGAAGUAUCUAACAGAUGUGGAUCGGUUAAAUGACUGUGAAACUGUAGAAAACACUACUAAUGUAUCAGCUACGGAAGAAAGUUUGCUAGUGGAUAUAGUGAUGGAUGGUCUAGAGGAAACCAUCGCUCUUCGCCGUACUAUAGGGACGGAUGCGGAAGAUGAACCUACAGAAUUUGAACAAGAGACUGUCAUGGGAAGUCUUCUUAAUGUCAUGAGAAACGACAGUUUCUGUAACAAUGCUGAGAUAGAAACUGAAAAUGUUCAUUCACAAACAAUAUUUUUAAACGACAUUAACGAACCAAGUACAUCUAAAGGUGUAAGACACGUCAGCAUGGAUGUACAAUGUGGGCCCGACGUGUCCACACCACCAGCGUUUUCCACACUUUCUACUACCACGUCAUUUACAAGGCUUCCGAAAAUGUUCGCAACCGGAAUCAAAAUUGGAGAUUCAGAAAUGGAAGUACAGUCAAAAUUAAAUUGUGAUUUUGGAACUUACACCGGGGAUAAUGACUGUCACUGUAAAACUAUAACACCGAGGACUAAGUCUGUUGGUAUCAAAAUAAAAGAUUCUGAUACGAACAUCAAAACGAAAGUCGAAGGAUUUACAAUGACUCAGACUGAUGAAUAUCAUCAUGAUGUUGGGUCAAAAGAAACAGAGAUGAUUAAAGCUAUAUCCAGCGGGUUGAAGAUGGAAGACUCAGGAUCGGAAUAUAUCGGAAGUGUUGACGGAAGUUCCCGUAAAAGUCCUAUGAUUUUCGAAAGUUCUCCUGGUUUUGCAAGUGAUGUCAUGUUAAAAUCUUCGACUAGCAAGGAGGCAGGACUCUGCCCGAAAUACACUUGUAUGAAAUAUGUUCCACCAAAGUUAUCUCUUGGCGGUGUGUAUGUACAUAGUUUUAAAGAUAAGCAGACGUCCGAAGAUAUCCUGUACCAAGGAGAAUGGCAGUGCUGUCGACCGAAAGCAUUAACGAAGAAAAGAGUAGUUUUUAGCACGUCCUCUGUUAAAAAACUUAGCGAGAUGACCAAGAAAUUGAGAGUUAGUUCUAAAGAAAAGCUUCAAGAUACUAAAAUCGAAAAAGGUAUAAUGAAACUGGAACAGAAAAAUUUAAAAUCCGUACAAGUAAGAACGCCGGCUCGUAAUUUCACAAAAGUAAAAGAGAAAAUCGCAAUCAAAAUGAAUUCAGUGACUAAUAAUGCUUCAAAAAAUAUAAAAUUUAACCGGAAUGUUACGAAGACUUCAUCCAAAGGUGCUAUAAGUUCAUUAACAAAUAAACCAAAGGCAAGUAAUGUGUUGAAAAGACCUGCAAUGCUGUCUUCAAGGGUAACAAGAAAGGAACCUGAAACAAAGAGCAUUAUUAAACCUCCUGAAACAAAGACUUUGAAAAGAGUGCUAAACCCUAAUGCCAAAAGUAUAUUAAACAAAAGUUUUGAUAGCACUAAAGUACCAAGAAAAACUGCAAAAGAUAAGCCUAUUGGCCACGUGUUGCCAUUAGGUCGAUCAAAAACUGAAUUCAUCAAAAAAGAACUGCUCAAGUUCGAUGAUUCGCCGCGUGAUAAUAUUAGUUACGUCGUAUUACGGAACGGCUCAGAAAAUAAAAACAAUAAUAAAAGCAACGUGUCUCCAAAAACAAAUAGUUUUCGCAAAAGUGACAACGGCGCAACAAAUAGGCGUAGUCUUAGUCCGCAGUCACCGACUAGUUCAACUUGUUCCUCCCGUAAUAGUAUAGCCACUGUAAGAUUAGUUACUAAUCGACCCAGAACGGCGAGCAGAAAUCCAGAUUCAGAAACGCCCGUUAGAAAUAAGAAAUUCACAAAGAAAAACAGGAUUAUUAAAAAAGCUGAUAUUGAUGAUUUAGACGACAAAGAAAACAUUCCAGAAUCAUCUAACGGUGCUAAGAAAGAAACUGAAGGGAAAGCUAAGAAUGCCUUUGUAACGACUCAGAAAAAUGUAUAUAGAGCUCAAGUGAAGACAGAAAACCUAAAAAAUAAUUUAUCCAACCGACCUAAAACGUCAACUCCAAAGAAAACAAAUUUGAAAAGCUCUGCAGAGGCAACGACACGACCAAGUCGCUCAUCAUUGGUAAAUAAGUCGCCUUCAUUUUCUUCUCCAGAAAGAGUCAGGAGUUCAUACAGGGCAUCGUCUCCUCAACAAAGUAUAACUAUGUUCAGUUGGUCGACUCAAUUGGCUGAAGUUGAAAGAAAUCGUUCUCAUUCCCUACCCAGGGAAGUAAAUAGUUCUGACCGGAAUAUAGCUAUGUCUCUCAAAAAAAUGAUAGAAGAUCGAUUAGAUUUUAUAGGAAAUUCUUCCGGUAACGUGAGUUCCAUCGGUUCAAAGACAUGCACUUUUAGUUAUGAGCACUUGAAUAGUCAAUUUGAUGAAAGCUCAACAGCCGGCAGUUAUAAAACUAUAAUAAAUAAUGAGGAUCUUAACAACACACUUGCAUUACAGAAUGAUCUAGUAAGCGCUGUUAAUCGUACUUUUGAUUCUGUAGCAGAUUCUAGAGCAAAUGAUGAUAACGAAGUAUCAACAGACGCAGAUGUGCUUUCUUUUAAAACUACAACUGCGGCGUCCAGAGCAUCUGAAUAUUUCUUAGCCGACAAUGAUCUUGAUACUUUUCAAGGUUGUUUCUCCAAAGAAAAUUCUGUUCGUGAUAUAUUUGAAAGAAAGAAUCCACUUGACAUACAGAGUAACGGCAGCAUCCUGGCAAGUCAAGCGUUCAGUGGGUUUUCUAUAAGCGCGGUGGCCGGCGACCAACCUGACCCUAUUAACUUCAUGGACUCUGAAACUGGAAGUCUCGUGGUGGAUACGGGAAGACAGGCGGCAUCUGAAGAGGUUUUUGUAUCGGGCAGAUCUUCUGGAAGCUACGAGUCAUGUCUGUACGAUGACGAGGCCUUACUUCCUUAUUGGCUUUUCCAUAUCAAUAACCAAUUUGUGGACGAGGAAGAAGAGCAAGAACCUGGACCACCGAUUCCGAUGGAACUCCCGGAGGCAGUAUUCGAUAUGAACGGCAACGUGGUGGCUGCGGGGGCCGGCGCGGGCGACGGGCGGGGCAUGCACAGCGAUCAUUCACAAGAUAGUUCUGGCCACGGAACCACUUCAACUACUUCCAGCGAUCCUUCAUCGGGUGUUCAGAGUGAGGCAAUAUUGAUAGAUCCAUCAGUAUUUACUGGCCAAUAUGACCUGCCGGCCGCAGCUGUCGCUGUGGAAAUACCAGAUGUACCAUUGCAUGAAGCAGGCGAGCAUAUCGGCGAGGAGGCAGGCGCCGACCGCAACGGCCGCAGGAACCCCGUGCUGCAGCUCCUGGCCACCAGCGACAUGGACGCAGACGUGAGUUCCCUAGAUACCGACGUCCAGGACUCUUCCUAGUAGGUCUCCAGGCUCUUCAGCCCGUGACGUGAGAAAUUUCAGUGACGCGUGUGUGUAUAUACUUUUGACGUCCCCAAUAAAUUAUUGCAUUAA